AUGGAGCCGCUGCUAGGACUCUCGGAUGACGAGGUCCGGCAGAAGAUCCUUUGGAGCCAUGGCAUCACGAGGCUCGGGACCCAAGCCUGGCUCUUUAUCGGGCCUUUGGUCCUGUUGCGCUUCACACCCGGCCGGCUUACGGGUCCCGCGUCCUGGGGCUUUGCGACCACAACCGCCAGUCUGCUGAUCUCCCCAGCUCUUGGUUCCUGGGCGGACAGGACAAGUCGUCGCCGUGUGGUGGCCUGUGGUGUGAUUGCCCAGGCAGUGGGUGUGCUGGGAUCCACUGCCGUGCUGCUCUUGUCGCUACAACGCGAGGCUGGAAAGGCUGGAAGCUCCGACUUUCUGGCGCUCCUCUUCUUCCUCGGAUUCAGCAUCGUGGAGGAAUUGGGGACUGUGCUCAGCGAUGUCUCGGUGAAAAGGGACUGGACGCCGCGGCUUUUCGCUGGUGACAUGCUGAAGUCGAUGAACUCGACCAUGUCCCAGAUUGACCUCAUCAGCAAGACAGUCGGGCCACUGCUGGCAGGGCUCCUGAUAACCCCUCGCCUCGCCAUCGACCUUGGCUUUGAUGAUGCCGAGGCAGCCGGAUUUGUGUCUGUGGGCCUCCUGAACGCGAUGUCCUUUGCACCACAGCUCAGACUGCUUCUCCAGGUCUAUGAUGCGCGGAUCGAGCUGCUGCAGCCCAUGGCGGCCAAUCAACAGGCGCCGCACGAGCAGAACCAGCAGAACCAUCAAAACCCAAUGGUGCCCGUGACCGCUUGGAAGGCAUGGUGGCACCACCCGAGCGGGAUCCAGUUUCUGAGCUUCUCCUACGCCUUCCUUUACUUCACCGUGCUCUCCCCUGCUGGGUCCAUCAUGACCGCUUACCUCAUGCUGAAGAGUGUUGCCAGCUGGCAGCUCUCCUUGAUGCGCUGCAGCGGUGCUUUGCUCGGUGUCUUCGGGGUAGCAGCAUACCCGCGCUUGGUCGCAAAGCUCGGCUGCCGUGGUACCAACUCAGCCUCGGUGGCUUGGCUUGUUUGCAGCAUCGUCCUGGCUGUGGGCGCUUUUCGAUCAGUGACUCCAUCUGGUCCAGCUGGUCUUUAUGUGCUGAUCUUCGUAGUUGCUGUGUGCAUGGCCCGACCUGGGCUGUACGUCUUCGAGCUAGGGGUACUGAACGCGGAACAGGACCUUGUCGAUGCAAGGCAUCGCUCGGCGAUUGGAGCAGUGGACAUGGCCCUGACUUCAGCUGGCACGCUGGUGGCCUAUGGCUCCAGCCUGAUUCUGGAUCGGCCAGAGCAGUUUAAGAUCUUGGUCAACGGCUCGUCGCUGUUUAUCAUUCUGGGCGGAGCCACGUACUGGUUGUGGACGCAGCUGUUCCAUUCGCACCUGCACCGGCAUGAUGACCACAGCCAGGACCAUCCCCACACGCUGCAGCAAGAGGCCGCGUUGGAGGACGGUUGGCACGAUCACCUCCACUACUACCCGGCCUGGUGGUGCUUGAAGUCACAAUGA